UUAAACAUUUUCUAAAGCCAGAGUGACUCCCAACACGUGUGAUUUCAUCAGAAAAGUCUUCCACUGAAGGAAAGGAAUGUCGUCUACGAACUAGUGGUGAUUUUUAAUGACUUCCAUAUACUCAUCUCAGACUAAUGUGAAUUUUAGAAUUUGACAAUAGUGAAGUUAAUUAAGUGUUUAUAUACAGUGAUCGUGUCGCAACCAUUAAUAUACCAUCCUUGUCCACGCAGUACUUACAUAAACAGCAAUGGUUUACGAAAAGUGAAGAGCAGCCCUUAACUUUAACACUGAAGUGCCUCGUCAACGAUUGUGAUGUGUACAAAGUGGUUAGCAACCUCGUAACUACAAAUGAGAGGGAAAUCAACUGCUUCAUAACUUUCCAGUAAUGUACGAAAUAUUAAACACCUAGACAAGCUCAGGUCCCGUCCUAACGUGUAUGACCUUGGCUAAACACAACUAUAGCAUCAGCUAAAACCCCACAAUACCUCUAUCGCCAUGAUUCCCCGAACCCAAACCACAAUGGCUCCCCGAACCCCAACCACAAUAGCUCCAUGCACCCGAACCACAAUAACUCCCCAAACCCCAACCACAAUAGCUCCAUGCACCCGAACCACAAUAGCUCCCCAAACUCCAACAAUAAUUGCUGACCUUCCAGUCAUUCCAAUGGACCUGGAAAGUUUCGCGAUGCGAACCUACCCAACGCCAUUCGUUCAUAUCGAACGCUGGAGCAAAGUGUGGGCGUGUUUUCCAGUGACCUACAGUUACCCGCUACGCGCCUGGAAGUUUUCCCCUUGCUUGUGCUUCUGGGUAUUUUGCGGCAUCGGCCUCAACGUGCCCUGCUUCUACGACUGCCUGAUGGCGUCCGUGAGCAGCGACAACAGCCUCACUCUCUACGUCAUGAUCCUGAUCGUGGUGGUCAUGAGCAUCUCGGCCGUGUGCAUGCACGUCCUGACUCUCAUCUACUACAAGGAGUGGAUCGCCUUCCUCGACGGCUGGAUGAAGUUCGAGAGGAAGUUCCCCGCCUUCACGACGGGGGUCCAUUCGUCCAAACUGGCCAUCCCUCUCUUCAUCGGCUUCGUGAUCUGCGUGAUUUUCUUCGCGUUCAACAUCUUCAACGAACUGCGCUUCAACCUGAUCCAUAACGACGGCAUAUGGCGCAUGCUUUCCCUGGUGUAUGUGUACGUGAUUUACAGCUACACCCUCUCCAUGCCCGUCCUCUGGGUGGUCAUGGCUUCUAGGGUGUUCGUUCUCUGUCUCACGCACAUUAAAACAGAGCUGCAGAGCAUCCUCGAGUGCGCGAAAUUCGGCCAACAGAUAACGUCGCCGGUGCAAAAGUGCAUCGCGGACGGCGACAUUAAUCGCCUGCAGGAAGCCGUGCUGGAGCUGCGAAGUAGUAUCCUGGCCUUCAAGAGGGUGAUGGGGCCUUUCAUGUUAGUCCUCGUCCCCCACCACAUCAUCUCCCUCAUCUGCUUCCUGUACUGGACGAUGGUUUCGGCUCUAGAUUACACAGACUGGUACUUUCCCGUCAGCUUCGGCCUCUUGUCCAUUCAAGCCAUUGCGCCUAUAUUCUGCGGGGCCAUUUACAGUGAAGAUGUACAUCUCAAGAAAAAUGCCCUUAUUGAACCGCUUAUACUUCUAAAAGGAACAAUGAAGGACGACGCACGAAAAAGCAAGAUGGCGACCCUUAUCGACCACAUUAGCAGAAUGGACGCUCAAAUUGAGGGGCGCGGGUUCUUCACGCUUAACAAGAGUAUGGCAACUACGGUCGUGAACACAGUGGUCACUUACCUUGUGGUGCUGAUACAGUUCUAUGGAAGUAGCCAUGGCUGAAGGUGACAGAGACUUUCAACGUACCAUAAUGUUCGAUGUUUCAAUGUGUUCAAAUGUUUAAAAAGUAAUGAUAAAGCUUCCCGUAAUAUAUACUAUAAAUAGUUGGCAUUUUUUACCAGUCCACAUCAGCCUAUAGGUAUGCUAGUCAUUUAGCAGUUCCACUUUUACUUAUUUUUACUUCUCUUUUGACAAUUAGUACAAUUACGCAUGAGUUCUCUCAUUUAAUAAAUAGGUCAGUUUAAUCAUUAAAAAUCAAUAAUAUAAAAAAAAUAUCCCAGAAUUGGUUAAAUUUUGUUACUUUGAUCUUGUAAAACAUCCAAUUAUAUUUUGUCAAAACUAUACUAGGAAUUAACACUGUCUUCAAAACCUUCUUUAGCUUAGACGGAAUGCAAAGAUAUGUUUACGGCAGUUGAGCUUUUGAGCCUUUCUUGUAGAAUCGUUUAAAGUCACACAUAUGAGCAUACGAUUAUGUACCUGAUACCUGUAAGAGACAUUUUUAAAACAAUAAGCUUUAUUCUUUCCUCCUGUAACUCCCUAUCGUCCUCAAUGCUAUAAAAAUGGUCCCGUGCUACUUGAACCAGCAACGGCCAAUCCUUUUUUAUAAUCCUUUAAUGUGGAGGCUUAAGCCAGUACAUCAAGUCUGUUACAAAUAUAAAAAUAAAGCGUUUAUAAUGAAUGGUUGAUUCUAUACAAAUAUUUACCACUAUGUAUAUAUGUAAACAUGUCUGUACCUGAUAUCAUUUUUUCCAAUUAAAACUAAUAUUACUACUGUAAAUACUGCCAGUUCUAACCUAGAUUUUAACUGUAAAGAAAAUCAAGAGGACUCACGCGGCGAAUCACCUAAAAAAAAAAUAUACAGCUAUGAAAUCAGUUAUGUGGUAGCUAUAAAUAUAGCAAACUAAAGAUUAUUAUUACAGAGUUUAAAGAACAAUGGAAUCACAACUUACACAUCAAUUUGUACUGUAAAUAUUAAUUUGUACUAUUGUAUAACUUAAUAUGUGUAACUAUC